CUGGCGCUACUCCGCGUUAACCGUGCUUUGGGAUUUUUUUUCUUCUUUCCUCUGUUUGUUUGAAAGAGAAAAAGCAGCAUAUUGAUUUGAAAGCGAGGAAACCUCUCUUGCAUUUCUCUUCCCCUUUUACGCUUCUACUCUAUACUCUACUCUACUUGCUCCCAUCUCUCAAUACACUCUUGUUUUUAUCACCAAAAACCCUAGUUUUAGAAGGCGAACUUUGCUCCACACUUGCUCUGUUCGUUUUGAUUUUCCCUUUUCAAGUCUAGUUGGACAUUUUCCGAUCUCAAGAUUUCUCGAUUAAGUCUUAGAUCAGUUCUAUUGCACUUCCACAAAAGUUCAAGAAAUUUCUGUUGGGCUUUCUUUUCAAUUAUGGCUGGUGACUCCAAGGCAAAUCUUUCUAAUGGCAAUGCCAAUAUACAGCCUGCUCCUCAAAGAACUUAUCAAGUUGUUGUGGCUGCAACUGGUGAUAUGGGUAUUGGCAAGGAUGGGAAGCUACCAUGGAGAUUGCCUUCUGAUCUCAAAUUUUUCAAGGAUGUUACUAUGACUACUUCUGAUUCUGGGAAAAAGAAUGCUGUUAUAAUGGGUAGAAAAACAUGGGAAAGUAUUCCACUUGAGCAUCGACCUUUGCCUGGUCGUCUUAAUGUUGUUCUAACUCGUUCUGGGAGUUUUGAUAUUGCUACUGCUGAGAAUGUGGUGAUUUGUGGAAGCCUGAGUUCUGCUUUGGAAUUAUUGGCUGCAUCACCAUAUUGUCUGUCAAUUGAGAAAGUCUUUGUAAUAGGAGGUGGUCAAAUAUUAAGGGAAGCUCUCAAUGCACCUGGAUGUGAUGCUAUCCACAUUGCAGAAAUUGAGGCAAACAUUGACUGUGAUACUUUUAUCCCUACAAUUGAUUCCUCUGUCUUUCAGCCUUGGUACUCAUCCUUUCCCAUGGUAGAAAACAACAUACGAUAUUGCUUUGCAACUUAUGUUCGAGUGAGGAGUACUGCAGUGGAAUCCAAUGGUCAAAACAAUGGUCUGAGCGCUGAUGUUGGUUCAGAAAAUAGUAAGUUUGAGGUAAAGAAGUUUUCUUUCCUUCCUAAGAUGGUUUUUGAGAGACAUGAGGAGUUCUUUUAUCUUAGACUUGUUCAAGACAUCAUCUCAGAUGGGAUUUUGAAGGAUGACAGAACUGGAACUGGUACUUUAUCAAAAUUUGGUUGCCAGAUGCGGUUCAACCUUCGCAAAACUUUUCCGCUUCUUACAACGAAGAAAGUAUUCUGGCGAGGGGUUGUUGAAGAACUCCUGUGGUUCAUCAGUGGUUCAACGAAUGCCAAGGUCCUUCAGGAAAAGGGCAUUCAUAUAUGGGAUGGCAAUGCAUCCAGAGAUUACCUUGAUAGUAUUGGGUUGAAGGACAGGGAGGAGGGUGACUUAGGACCUGUUUACGGAUUCCAGUGGAGACACUUUGGAGCUAGGUAUAGUGACAUGCAUGCUGAUUACACUGGCCAAGGAUUUGAUCAGUUGUUAGAUGUGAUUGACAAGAUUAAGAAUAAUCCAGAUGAUCGCCGAAUUAUACUUUCAGCUUGGAAUCCUUCUGAUCUCAAAUUGAUGGCACUUCUUCCUUGCCACAUGUUUGCUCAAUUCUAUGUAGCCCAUGGGGAGUUAUCUUGUCAAAUGUAUCAACGAUCUGCCGAUAUGGGCCUGGGUGUGCCAUUCAACAUUGCAUCUUAUGCCCUCUUGACAUGCAUGAUUGCUCAUGUUUGUAAUCUUGUUCCGGGUGAUUUUGUUCAUGUGUUUGGGGAUGCUCAUGUUUAUUGUAGUCAUGUUAGGCCUCUCCAGGAGCAGCUUCAAAAACUGCCAAAGCCUUUUCCAAUUUUGAAGAUUAAUCCUGAUAAGAAGAACAUAGAUUCUUUUGUGGCAGCUGAUUUCAAAUUAAUAGGUUAUGAUCCUCACAACAAAAUUGAAAUGAAAAUGGCAGUAUAAAGUUCCUUCAAAGAUUCAGUGAACUCACGCUCUGGUUUGUCCUAGGCAUUAUUUGCUUGUGGUUUUGAGGCAGGUAUGUGUUUCUGCACUAAUUCCUCCUUUUACAAAUGAUGAUUUGUUCAAUAUGCUCUUUUUCAUCGUCUUUCUCCAUUAUGUCACGUGCUAGAUUAUUCAGUGUACAAAGAUUUGUGAUUUGAAAUAUAUAGUGCCCUGCUCUCUAGGGUUUUGAUUAAUGUUUGUGUAAAGUAAUGAAAUGCAUUAUUGGGGAAUUUUAUGAGCUGAAACUUUGGUUUUUCUGUAAUGUUUCAGGCACAACUAUUGAAGGCUUACCUUGCUUGAGUGAUAGUAAACUAAAAAUUUGCUUGUUGAAUGUAUUCUUAUUUAGUGAGAAUCCUUUAGUUCCAAAGAGUUGAUGGUUCUAAGGUGAUUUAGGAUGUCUACAUUUUCUUGCUCUACGAGCUUAAGUUUUCCUUUAUUACUUGGGAAAUAUCACUUUAUUACCACCAAUGCUAUAAUAUUGUUUUUGGAAUGAAUUGGAAUUUGGACCGGUGAACUUUCA